AAUGUCCCAUCUCUAAGUCUUGUUUUUUACUUUUAUGAGCAUCUAAUUGUACCGAUUUAAAUAAAAUAAUUAAUUAAACAAAAACUAACUGAUACGUGGGAACAAUGGUGAAUGACUCUGGUCUAUCGACAGUGGACGACUUGGAGCAAAAACUGAACUCGGCCAAGCAGUCACUAGUGAUACUAAAUGAAAACAUUCGCCGCAUUGCUGGUCGCGUCCCCAAGGAUUCCCUGCAGAGAUCGGACAAAUUCAAAUACACCCAAGAUGGCAAGAAGAACGACCACAAUGGUGACCGACCGUUCCCCCGAAAUGCACCCGGUGGUCCCUUUAAAGACAAGCGGCGAAUGUACGAAAGCAAGAACCCGAUUCCACGUUUCCCCAUCGAAGAGAACGAGGGUCGGCCGCCAAGGAUUAAUUCCCGGGUCAUUCGGGAGAUGCCAACAAAAAAGGAGAUCGUCGAGGCACAGGGAACAGACUCCGAGUCGAGGGCCAGGAAUCGCCGGAUGUUCGGAUCGCUGUUGGGCACCCUACAGAAGUUCUGUCAGGAGGAAUCGCGACUAAAGAGCAAAGAGGAUAAAAAGGCUGAGAUCGAUAGAAAGGUGGAAAAACAGGAACUGCAGGAAAGAGCGAUGUUGAGGAAACAGCGUGAAACACUAUUCUUAGACAGGAAAAAAAAACAGUUCGAAAUCCGCCGAUUAGAGUACAAAAUGGCUAGAAUGAAGGAUUUCAAGGCCUGGGAAGCAACUAUGUUAAAUGCGAAAAAUAACAUAAGAACAAAAACGAAACCACACCUGUUCUUCAGGCCAAAAGUGCAUUCGCCUAGAACGGAAAAACUGUUGAGUAAAAGUAAAAGUGAAGCUGAUGUGUUUAUAGAAUUUAGACGCGAAGAACUGGAAGUUGAGCUAAGAAACUUGGAGAACAUGAACUUUGGAAAGGUGGAUGACGAUAACGCAAUGGACGAAAGUUUCUAUGAAGAGCCUGACGACGAAGAGCAGUUGGAUAAGUCUUCAUUAUACGUUAAAUAAAGUUCGUGAAAGUGAAUGAUGCUAUUCUAGGAAUAAAGGAUUAAAACUAAUUCAAAUUAAUAAAUUA